AGCCCCCCAGCUGUGAUAGCCAGGACUCCCCCAGAGCCAAGACCUUCUCCAGAAGGCGAUCCUUCCCCACCACCACCUCCAGUGUCAUCCCUGGUCCCUGACACUCCUCCGGACACCCCUCCUGCUAUGAAGAAUGUCCCUAGUCCUAAGCAGCUUUCACUGGAACCAGAGAGCCCCCCAGACCAGGUCAGGCCUAGGCCAGCUCCCCCGCAGGAAGAGUCUCCUUCCUCAGAAGCAAAGAACAGGGGGCCCACCCCACCAGCCAUGGGCCCACGAGAUGCCAGGCCUCCACGAAGGAGCAGUCAGCCAUCCCCAACAGCAGUGCCAGCCUCCGACAGCCCUCCCACCAAACAAGAUGUAAAGAAGGCAAGAGAGAGACACAAACUGGCAAAGGAACGGCGAGAAGAGCGGGCCAAAUACCUAGCGGCCAAGAAGGCAGUGUGGCUGGAGAAGGAGGAGAAGGCCAAGGCGCUGCGGGAGAAGCAGCUACAGGAGCGCCGACGGCGGCUGGAGGAGCAGCGACUUAAAGCUGAGCAACGGCGUGCAGCCCUGGAGGAACGGCAGCGGCAGAAGCUUGAGAAAAACAAGGAGCGCUAUGAAGCAGCCAUCCAGCGGUCGGUGAAGAAGACAUGGGCCGAAAUUCGACAGCAGCGCUGGUCCUGGGCUGGAGCCCUGCACCAUAGCUCCCCAGGACAUAAGACCAGUGGGAGCAGGUGCUCCGUGUCGGCAGUAAACCUGCCCAAACACGUGGACUCUAUAAUCAACAAGCGGCUCUCAAAGUCCUCUGCCACGCUCUGGAACUCCCCCAGUAGAAAUCGCAGCCUGCAGCUGAGCGCAUGGGAGAGCAGCAUCGUGGAUCGUCUGAUGACUCCCACCCUCUCCUUUCUGGCGCGGAGUCGCAGCGCUGUCACACUGCCCCGCAACGGCCGGGACCAGGGUAGGGGCUGCGACCCUGGGAGAGCAUCCACGCGGGGCCGGGCAGGGGCCAGCCUGGCGCCUGGGCCGCACCCCGACCGCACUCAUCCCCGCUCCGCCGGCGCUGCCUCGGAGCUCAGUCCCAAAUCCAAGGCACGGCCAUCCUCUCCCUCCACGUCCUGGCACAGGCCUGCCUCCCCCUGCCCCAGCCCAGGGCCAGGCCACACUCUGCCUCCAAAACCACCGUCCCCUCGAGGCAUCACUGCCUCACCCAAGGGGCGUGUUCGGAGGAAAGAGGAGGCAAAGGAGAGCCCCACUGCGGCAAGGCCUGAGGACAAGAACCAGAGCAAGAGCAGGGCCAGUGAUGAGAAGGAGCCAGCAGCCUCCGCCUCACCGGCACCCUCGCCUGUGCCCUCGCCCACCCCAGCCCCGCCCCAGAAGGAACAGCCCACUGCGGAGACCCCUGCAGAUACUGCUGUCUUGACCUCACCCCCAGCCCCUGCUCCCCCGGUGACCCCUAGCAAACCAAUGGCCGGCACCACAGACCGAGAAGAGGCCACUCGGCUCCUGGCUGAGAAGCGGCGCCAGGCCCGAGAGCAGCGGGAGCGCGAGGAGCAGGAGCGGAGACUGCAGGCAGAAAGGGACAAGCGAAUGCGAGAGGAGCAGCUGGCGCGGGAGGCCGAGGCCCGGGCCGAGCGGGAGGCGGAGGCCCGGCGGCGGGAGGAGCAGGAGGCGCGAGAGAAGGCGCAAGCCGAGCAGGAGGAGCAGGAGCGGCUGCAGAAGCAGAAAGAGGAGGCCGAAGCUCGGUCGCGGGAAGAGGCGGAGCGGCAGCGUCUGGAGCGGGAAAAGCAUUUCCAACGGGAGGAGCAGGAGCGGCAGGAGCGCAAAAAGCGUCUGGAGGAGAUAAUGAAGAGGACUCGGAAGUCAGAAGUUGCAGAAACCAAGCAGAAGCAGGACAGAAAGGAGGCCAAAGCCGACAAUUGCGCCCCAGACCCUGUGAAAGCUGUGGAGGCUCGGCCCUUAGGACUGCAGAAAGAGGAGGCCUCCCAAGAGCCCCAGUGGAGCCUACCAAGUAAGGAGUUGCCAGGGUCCCUGGUGAAUGGCCUGCAGCCCCUCCCAGCACACCAGGAGAAUGGCUUCUCCCCCAAAGGACCCUCUGGGGACAAGAGCCUGGGCCGAACACCCGAGGCACUCCUGCCCUUUGCAGAGGCAGAGGCCUUCCUCAAGAAAGCUGUUGUGCAGCCCCCGCAGGUUACAGGUAGUCCUUUAGGAGGGGUUGCCUUGGAUCCAGGUACAGCUAUGAGGGCUCCUCUGUAUCGUCUACCAGGAUGUCUGGAGGAGGAAGAGACAGAGCAAAGAUGGAAGUGGCCUGGGCCCCCGGGGGUGGGUCCUCUGUUGUUUUUAAUCUGCACCUUAUAGACUGAUGUCUCUUUGGCUGGAGCCAGACCCUGCCCCUCAGUGCAUUUGUGUACUCACAUGUGCGGACAUCCCUCUCCCCCAGACACACACAUACACUCACAGCCUCUCUCCUCCCCCGGGGAAGGGCCGCCUGUAGUAUUUGCCUUGGUUUGGUGGGGUACAGUGGAUGUGAAUACUGUAAAUAGCUUGUGCUCAGAUUCUUCUGCGUGGAGAGGGUGGGUGCAGGAGGCAGACCCUCCCCCCAAGGUUCCUGGGGAGAUCUUCCUCUCUCUAUUUAACUGUAACUGAGGGGAAAACCCAGGUCUGGAGAUGGGGGGCACCUUGGGCCACAGAAUACUGGUUGCUUCAGGGGUACCUAUGCCCCCUGCCCUCGCCUGGAAUCAGUGUUAUUGUAUCUGAUCAAAUGUCUCCGGAAAUAAAGUGAGAAUAAUUCUGUCAA